AUGUCACUGCUUCGUCCCCUGCCGUUGGCUCCCAAAAAGCGGCCAUCAUUUCUGUACUUUCCGCGCGACGAAAACACGAUACGAUUUGACGAGACUUACGGGAAUCUCUCGACGUCAAAAAAAGCCACGUGCGAAUCUUCAACGCCGAAGUUUAGCAAGACUCUUUUGAACCCAACCAGUAUGCCGAACGAGAUCAAAAUGGGCAAUACAACCAAAUCUUCCUACCAGUCCAUCGUGAUUAGCGAUGAAUUAAAGACGACAGAGAUCCAUGCUAUAAAACGAAAUCAAGAACAGAUACGCAACGGAGUUUUCGACGUGAGCGUAAUUGAAAGCGGAUACAGCAGUCAGAAUCCGUACAGUUCACCGAGUAACGAGCAAGACGAUCUACUUACACAGUGCUUCAGGUUGUUGGGGUUCGAUUGCAACCCACUCGUCGUAAAUGAAGGCGGAAGAAAUUCGGCGUCGGCAGAUCUUCGCUUGGCUAUGCUGUCAAACUUCUCUACAGCCUAUAACACUGUAAGCAUCAGUCUCGCCUUGGCAAUCUUACGGAACGUUCGUCCAGUAACUAAAACGAGCAACCAAGCGUUUUGCUCUUCGGCACUUAUUGGAGGUAUGAUUGUUGGGCAAUUACUUGGCGGCACUAUAGGAGAUGUAGUGGGACGGCAUAGAGCAAUGAGUCUUGUCAUGCUCCUUCAAAUUGUAGCAGCGAUAGGUUCAGCACUCUCGUGUUCGUUGUUGAUGUGUGGUCGUGAAAUUGAUCUGUAUCAUACGUUGACGGGCUGUGGUGGAGUUUAUCCUUUGGCGGCUACCAUGACGGCAGAAUCCACCCAUUGCUCGCAGAAACGCGCCAAGCUAGUAGCACUAACUUUUUCCAUGCAGGGUUUUGGGUACUUGGCUGUGCCUUUAAUAGCGUGGCUACUGGUCGCCGUUCUCGGGGAAGGUUCGAACAUUUCUUGGCGGGUCCUACUCGCUCUUGGCUGUGCCCCAGGUAUUGUGCUAUCGAUUGCGCGAACGCAGCGAACACAUUCUCUACAAAAGAGACCAAUAAGAACGAACGAUUUCUCAUCGACGGCACGUCCACGAACCGCUCCUGUUUCGAUACAAGAUGCAGUUAUGAAGGAACCCGAUCUGUUCAGGAAACUUCUUGGAACCAGCGGAUGCUGGUUUCUUUUUGAUGUGAUGUUUUACGGCAACACGAUUUUUCAGCCUGUUGUCUUGUCUGCCGCCUUCGGACCCGCUGAAACUGUAUCAAAAGUAGCGCAAGAUACACUGUUGAUCAAUGCCAUGGCAUUUCCAGGUUAUCUCGCAAGCAUUGUUUUGAUCGGGCGCCAAAGUCCAAAAUUUGUUCAAGCUCAAGGAUUUUUGCUAAUGGGUUUCAUUUACACAGCAAUCGGCUCCUUCUUUGGUGAACUAGCCGGGAAUCAUUGUCUACUCCUAGGGGGAUAUGGGGCAUCCUUUUUCUUUUCCAAUUACGGACCCAACUCAACGACCUACAUGCUUCCAUCCGUCACGUUCUCCCAAGCAUGUAGAUCAACUCUCAACGGUUUUUGCGCUGCUUGUGGUAAGGUUGGUGCACUGUUAGGGGCACUCUGCUUCAUCCCGAUUUUACAUGUCUUUGGUGAGGCCUGGGUCAUGUUUGCUUGUGCCGCAAUUGCUUUCACUGGCUUUGUUUUGACGCUUCUUUUCGUAAACGAAGAGACAGAUUCGUCCGAAUCCCUGAAAGACACAGCAGAUCAUCUUUGUUGCUCCACUUUUGAAGACCAGCAAGGAAUGGGGAACGAAUCAAUAGAUUUGAUUGUGACCCACGAUCGCAAUUUACCUCUGAAAGUCGUGUUCAGCCGGCCCUCGCUCUUUGACUACUACGAUGAUUGA